CGUGUUCCUAUGCCACCGCAGCAGGCAAUGUCAGAUCACGACGCAUUUGGAACUAUGGUCUACGUUGGAUUCUCAGAUACAUUGUUACUUACGCUCGUAUACAGACGGUGAGAAUGCAUGGGAAUCUAUUUAACCGGAACGCCAAUAUGUCUCACGGAGACUACAUACGUUUUCUCGGUCUUUCAAAUACUACCUUGCAGAAAGACGACAGUCGGCACGUCAUGCGGCAGCAAACAAGAAACGAUAAAAAUUAAGGCAAUGGCUUCUGCAGUAGCAUCGACUCGAGCUGAGACGUAGCAGGGAUGAUGAUAGCAAUGACAUCCCAGUGAGCCACAAUCUUACUCGACGGUAGAUAAUACAUGAUGCAUGACUGAGAAUCAUGUCACAUUCGCAUGGUGUUUUCCUAGGGAAGGGCAUACCCUCUUUCCCAUCCGAAAACUCUCUUGGUCCACUCUGCCAUUCACCUCCUACCCAAAGCAAAUUGCGAGUAUGGCACCAAAAGAGCAUCAGUACUUCGCGGUAGGGGACGACGACUCCGACGGUUCCAUCCUCCAACAACACCAGCCGCGACCAGUUCGCACACUAUAUUAUGCAGUAACUGGACUCACGCUCGUCACUGCAGUGCUUCUGGGUGCAGUGGGAGGCUUCUUCGCGGGCAGUAUGCACAGCCUACGCGUGAGCAAAGAAUCGCCCCCCGCGAACCAGGUACCACUGGAGCUUGACCCCGUCACGGUGAAGUUCACUUCGAACCGCGCAUUUCUGCAGCACCCAUCUAAAGAAACGGAAGAACUCUGGAAAACACUCUACCCAAAGGAUACCCACGGCCUAUUCGAGUAUCCAGACGAGAAUCCCGAGCGCUCUGGCUUCGCUGCUUUCCACCAACUGCACUGCGUCGACGCACUCCGGCGUGGUUACUAUCAGCGCGAAGAUACUAUCGCCGCACUGACCGAGAACCGCCCCAGGCCAGAGUUCGAGCAUGAAGUCGAUGAAAUUCACUCGCUGCAUUGCAUUGAGUUCCUCAGGCAGAGCAUCAUGUGUCAUGCCGAUACGACAAUGCAAACUGAGGCUCAGUAUCACCAAGGAAUCUUGGCAUUUGGAGUCGAGUAUCAAUGCAAAAAUUGGUGGCAAUUGGUUGAUUGGGUGGAUCAGAGGAAUAAGAAAUUUCCUUCUACCAAGCGUUGA